AUUAAAGAAUAAUAAUUGUACUCUUUGUUGGCCAAAUAGGCACAUACGCCCCAUUUGUGUCAUCCUUGAUCCUUCCGGUGGGAGGUUUAACUGUUUAAGGGUGUUAAGGGCAAUAAAAGUAUAAAACCCCUUUGUUGUUCUAACUAACGUAUCACUGAACCCAAAAACAAUGGGGUUAGGCACUAAAAUGAAGGUAGAUCUGUGUAUCAUCUUCGUCUCAAUUGCUCUUUUGUCUUCCCCUGUUUUUUCCGAUCUAAUUAUCUCCAAGGUUGAUCGUCGCAUUGAUUUGACAUCCCACAUUGUGCGCAUUACCUCUACUAUUAAGGUGGAGAAUGAAGGAAAUGAACCAGUUUCAGACUUUGUGGUUGCCUUCCCUGAUAAGCAGUCAAAACAUUUGGCCUUUCUAUCAGCUAAUCACAAUGAAGGCAAAGGGAAGAAAAAAAGCCAUGGAGCUAGUCUCCCUGUAAAGUCUGUUCAAUCUGAGGGGAUGCCUAAAUCUUUGACAUCCUAUUCUAUAUCUCUACUUAAAAAACUUGUGAAGGGAGAAAGCUUAACUUUGGAAGUUUUAGCUGUGUUUGCUCAUUUCUUGAAGCCGUUCCCAGAAGAAGUUUCCCAGGGUGACUUUCAGCUUGUUGUAUUUCAGGAUAGUGCAUAUUAUCUAUCCCCAUAUGCAGUUAGGGUCCAGACUGUUAUUGUUAAACUGCCUGAUGCAAGAGUUGAAUCUUAUACCAAACUAGAAAACAGCAAAGCUCAAGGUUCUGAGAUAAAGUAUGGACCAUAUGAAAACCAAUCCCCUUUCUCGUAUUCCCCGAUUGUUGUUCAUUUUGAAUACAACAAGCCAUAUGCAGUUGCCCAAAAAUUAGUGCGUGAAAUAGAAAUUUCUCACUGGGGCAAUGUACAAAUCACUGAGCAUUAUAACCUUGUCCAUGGAGGUGCCGUUCUCAAGGGAGAAUUUUCCAGGCUUGAUCACCAAAUGACUUCACAUACAAAAGGCGCUUCAGCAUUUAGCAGACUAUUGGCUAAACUACCCCCAAGGGCACAUUCAGUCUACUUUCGGGAUGAAAUUGGCAACAUUUCCACUUCUAAUUUGCGGAGUGAUUUGAAAAAGACUGAGCUAGAAAUUGAACCGAGGUAUCCUCUGCUUGGCGGCUGGAAAACAUUUUUCACCUUUGGAUAUGGCUUGCCACUGAAGGAUUACUUAUUUGAGGCUGAAGAAAAGCGUUUUGUUGAUAUCUCUUUUGGAAGCCCUAUUGACGAGCUGGUAGUCGAUGAGCUUGUUGUGAAGGUUGUUUUGCCAGAGGGGUCAAGUGAUUUGUCAGUUUCUGUUCCAUUUUCAGUGGAACAAUUGGAAGAGACCAAACUAAGUCACCUGGAUAUAAGUGGUCGCCCAGUGGUGGUGCUGCGGAAGACCAAUGCAGUUCCGGAGCAUAAUCAACAUUUCCAGGUGUACUACAAGUUCAACUGUUUGUCCUUGCUGAGAGAGCCGCUGAUGUUGAUUUCAGGAUUUUUCUUCCUUUUUGUUGCUUGUAUUGCCUACUCCCAUGCCGACUUUUCAAUUUCCAAAUCAUCUGCCUCGUAUUUGGCAAAACUACAGUGGGAUGAGGUGCUAAGCAUAAUCCAGCAACUUGAGAACAUAAUCAAUCGAUGUUUAACAAUCCAUGAAAAACUAGAGGCAUCAUUGAGUGAAUUGUCUAGAACCGGCAAUGUCCAAGCUUGUAAAGCAGCCCGAAAAGCAGCUGACAGCUUACUCAAAGAGCUUUCAAAAGAGUUGAAGCCCUUGCUUACGACUUUACAGUCGUCUCCACAAGCAGCUCAAAUCUUUCCUAAGGUGGAGGAACUUGUUGCAAAGGAACGAGAAUUGCAAGAAAGGUUAAUUACGAAACAUUCAAUUGUGGUAGACUGUUACGAAAAGAAGGUGAGUGGUCGGGAAAUAGAAAACCGGGUUGCCCCUCAUCAACAAAAGAUUACAGCCUUAAAGCAUGAAGUUGAUGACCUUCUUGAGUACAUGGAUGAAAUCUGAUUAGUUAGUCAUCUUAUGCUAUACACUUGUCCAAUUUUGUACUCUCUGAGGCUUUAAUGUAUGAAGAUUACAAUAACAUAAAUUUUGUACUCGGAUCUUUCCUUCUUCCUUCACUCUUGAUUAAUCAAACUAAUUAUUGGCUCA